AGUCCUCGGUGGUGGUGUUGAAGGCGUGGCCCGCGGGGACGCUGGUCCUCGGACGCGGAGUCCGGUGCUGUCGGUCCCGGGGCGGAGAUGAGCUGGAGUGUGCGUCUCCCCCUCCUCCUGCUGCUCCCCGCCCUGUGCGGGGCCCGGGGACGGGCGGACGCCCCGAAGCCCAACUUUGUGUUCAUCAUGGCGGAUGACCUGGGGAUCGGGGACCCCGGGUGCUACGGGAACAGGACGCUCCGGACCCCCAACAUCGACCGCCUGGCCCGCGAGGGGGUGAAACUCACCCAGCACCUCGUGCCCUCGGCCCUGUGCACCCCGAGUCGGGCGGCCUUCAUGACGGGGCGCUACCCGGUGCGAUCGGGGAUGGCGUCACGGUCUCAGAUCGGGGUGUACCUGUUCACGGCGUCGUCCGGGGGGCUGCCCCAGUCCGAGGUGACCUUCGCCAAGCUCCUGCGGGACCAGGGGUACAGCACGGCGCUCGUCGGCAAGUGGCACCUGGGCCUCAACUGCCACAACCGCAGCGACUUCUGCCACCACCCGGCGCGGCACGGGUUCGAGCGUUUCUUCGGCGUGUCCACCACCAACCUGCGGGACUGCCGGCGCGGGGCGGGCUCGGUGUUCGCGCGGGCGUUCCGGGGGCUGGUGCUGCUGCCCCUGCAGGCGCUGGGGGCGGCGGCGGCCACGCUGGGGGCGCUGCGGGCGCUGGGCCUGGCGCGCGUGCCCCCCGGCGCGUUCCUGGCGCUGGCCGGGGCGGCCGCCGCCCUCCUGGGGGGCCUGGCCGCCUUCGUGCUGGGCUUCCCGCCCCGCAACUGCCUCCUCAUGCGGGGCUUCGACGUGGUGCAGCGGCCCUUCGCCUACGAGAACCUCACGCAGCGCCUGGCCGACGAGGCCGCCGACUUCAUCCUCAGGUCCCGCCCCCCGUUCCUGCUCUUCCUGUCCUUCCUGCACGUGCACACCGCGCUCUUCGCCAGCGGGGACUUCGCGGGGCGCAGCCGCCACGGCGCCUACGGGGACGCGGCCGAGGAGAUGGACUGGGCCGUGGGGCGCGUGCUGGCGGCGCUGGACGCGCGGGGCCUGGCGGGCAGCUCCCUCGUCUACUUCACGUCCGACCACGGGGCCCACGUGGAGGAGGUCACGGCCCGCGGGGAGCGGCACGGCGGCAGCAACGGCGCCUUCCGAGGCGGCAAGGCCACGGCCUUCGAGGGCGGCGUGCGGGUGCCGGGGCUGCUGCGCUGGCCGGGCCGGCUGCCCGCGGGGCGCGAGGUCCACGAGCCCACGAGCACCAUGGACCUGCUGCCCACGGCCGCCGCGCUGGCCGGGGCCCCGCUGCCCCGCGACCGCAUCAUCGACGGCCGGGACCUGAUGCCCCUUCUGGGGGGACGCAGCCCCCACUCGCCCCACGAGUUCCUCUUCCACUACUGCAACUCCUACCUCAACGCCGUGCGCUGGCACCCCAGGAACAGCUCGGCGGUGUGGAAGGCCUUCUUCUUCACCCCCAACUUCCACCCCGCGGGGUCGGACGGCUGCUUCGACACCCACGUCUGCCUGUGCCACGGCCGCCACGUGACCCGCCACGACCCCCCGCUGCUCUUCGACCUCUCCCGCGACCCCGGCGAGCGGCGGCCCCUGACCCCCGACGCCGAGCCCCGCUUCCACCGCGUGCUGGGGGCCAUGCGGGCCGCCGCCCGCGCCCACGCCCGCUCCGUGGAGCCCGUGCCCAACCAGCUCAGCCUGGGCCACGUCGUGUGGAAGCCGUGGCUGCAGGUGUGACCCCGCGACCCCCGACCCCCGACCCCUGACCCCACGCGCCCCGCCCCCCACCCCGCGGACUCCGGGCUCCCGGGUUCCGGGGCGACGGGGAAACCGAGUCAGUAUUACGCACGCACGGAACUCUAUCCGCUUAUACGUCUACACCAUCUACCUGGAAAUCUAUCCGCUUAUACGGCUACACCAGCAUCUACCUGGAACUCUAUCCGCUUAUACGGCUACACCAGCGUCUACCUGGAACUCUGUCCGCUUAUAUAGCUACACCAGCAUCUGCCUGGAAGUCUACACCAGCGUCUACCUGGAAGUCUAUCCGCUUAUACGUCUACACCAGCGUCU